AUGGUGUUUGAGAACUUCGUGGCUCGGGAGGUCUCUGAAAUGGUGCUGUCUGUGACGAAUAAGGACAAGAUUCCUCGGCUGGUGAAGGUGUGCAUGGAGAGCUGCCCUCAUUUCCAGCUGGCAAGCCCCAGGGGUGUGUACCACAUGGUGCCAGCAGGCGCCUCUGCCACUGUGCGCAUCCGCUUCAGCCCCAAGGAGAACAAGGAUUAUUCCCACCAGCUCAUCUGCAUGACUACCAGUGAAAGGAUCGUGGUGCCAAUUCGGGCCAUUGCUGCCCGAGCUGUCCUGGACUUCCCUGAGCAGCUGGACUUCUCCAGGUGUCCAGUCAAGAGCAGCACCCAGAAGACUGUGCUGCUCCACAACACUGGGAACCUGGAAGCUCGUUUCCAGCUGAGCACCCAGAGUCCUUUCUCCGUGGCUCCGGCCGCAGGAGCUCUGGGCGCUGGUGACACCGUGCAGGUGACAGUGGGAUUCCACGCGCUGACGGCCGGUGACCAUUGCGGGUGCCUGGCAGUGUGCUGCAGCACAGGUGAAGAAAGAAUCCACACACACCUCAAAGGAGAAGCUUUGGAUGUCAACAUUGGGUUGAGCACAAGUUCUGUGGAGAUGGACAAGACUUUGAUCACCAUGUCAAGCCACAGAACUGUGUUCAUUGAAAACAGGAGUAACAUCACAGCCCACUUCCAGUGGAAGGCUUUUCCUAGUGAGGAAGAAGAGGAUGAAGAGAAGAGGAGGCAGUGUUUGCUGCGGACACCCAAAGAGGUGUCAGAGGAAAAUAUCACAGAGGAGAAAAGCACAGAGGAGGUGAAGGGCUUUGGUGGAGGUGACACUGCCCUCCUGAGCAGCAUGGUCCAGGAGGAGAUGGCAAAGGUGCCAGAAGAGCCCAUGCUGUUCUCCAAUGAGGUUUUUUUCAUCAAGCCAAUGGUGAACCUGAUCAACCAAGGAGCUCUUGAUGCUCCCUUCAGCUGCAUCCCUUCAGCCACAAAGGUGGGCUUGGGCUUCAAGUUGGCACCUCAGGAGGGCAUCAUUGCAGCACGUGGGAGCCAGACUCUCCAGAUCUCCUUCAGUGCCACCGUGUUGGGGAGGUUUGAGGAAGAAUUCCGGUUCAGUGUGGCUGGAUCUCCUACGCCUGCUAUCCUGACCAUCAAGGGCAGCGUCACUGGACCGAGUUUGCACUUCGACCUCCCUGAGCUCGACUUCGGGGACAUCUCCUUUGGCUUUCCCUACACCCAGCGCUGCCGGCUCACUAACAGCUCCCCGGUGCCCGUGACGUUCCAGCUCCGCAUGUCGUUCGAUGGCACGCAGCCGGCUGUGGACAGCGUGGAUCAGAUCCGCUGCCACAGUGACCCAGCCUGGAGGAAGGGCGUUCACUUGUAUGUGGAGCCCCGGGAGUUUACCAUCACUCCCAGCCAAGGGACCAUCCUGCCCCAGGGACACCAGGACAUCCAGGUGACCCUGUGUUCCAACUCGGUGAUGGAGUUCUACAGGAAAAUGCUGGUGGAUCUGGAGGGUUUUGGCAAGGGAGUGGCAUCAUUGGUCAUCACAGCCAGAUGUCUUGUUCCUAAGCUGCAAGUGUCCCCCCACGUGCUGCAGUAUGAUGAGUGCCUCCUGAAGGUGCCCUACGAGAAGAAGUUCAUCAUUAGGAAUCCCAGCCACCUGCCUGGCUGCUACGGGCUUAUUGAACAGAAACGCAAGGAGGACUCUGCUGUGCUCUACUCCAGCCCCAGGCCCUGUGGGAUUGUCCAGCCUCACAGCACUGCAGAGAUCCCAGUGCUGGUGGAAGUGCAGGCGCUGGGCACGCAUCGCACCAAUGUUCUCAUCGGUGUGUUCGGGGAUGAGAGAAACCCACUGGCUUCCAGUAUCCUGCCAGUGUCAGGUGUGCUGCAGCCAGGAGAGAGCCAGCAGGUCUCCUUGCCCUUCUCUGGCCACCUCAACAGCAUCUCCAGUGCCACGGCGCUGUGCCACGUGGAGGGAGGCCCCAGCUCCGAGGUGCUGGUGCCCGGGGAGGCCUCACGUGUCAGCUGCUCCCCGAGCCCCCAGGAGAUCAACUGUGGCUCUGGGGCACCUCUCAGGGAGAGAAGGGAGCUGAAGCAGCCACCUCAAAAGCUUGAGGAGGAGGCAAAAGCCUUGGCGGAGGAAGUGAGGCAGAAGGAGAAAGAGAAGCAGAAGAAAGAAAAGAAGGGUGUCUCUGUGGGGAAGGAACCUCCAAAAGCAGAGAAGGGGAAAACCAAACCCCCAGAGAAGAAGGAAAGCAAGGCCCCAGAGAACAAGGACACCAAAAUCCCACCAAGGAAGGAAAUCAAAGAACCAGAGAAGAUGGAAAACAAACUUCCAGAAAAGAAAAACAAACAUCCAGAAAAGAAAGAAACCAAAAUCUCAGAGAGGAAAGAAAGCAAAGCCCCAGAGAAGAAGGAAAGCAAGGCCCCAGAGAAAAAGAACACAAAAGCAUUAGAGAGGAAGGAAACUAAAUUCCCUGAGAAGAAGGAAACCAAAGCCCCAGAGAGGACGGAAAGCAAACUCCCAGAAAAGAAAUACAAACCUCCAGAAAAGAAGGAAACCAAAUUCCCAGAGAGGAAGGAAAGCAAGGCCCCAGUGAAGAAGGACACCAAAGCAUUAGAGAGGAAGGAAACCAAAUUCCCAGAGAAGAAGGAAAACAAAGUCCCGGAGACGAAGGAAAUCAAAAGCCCAAAGAAGGAAAGCAAAGCCACAGAGAAGAAGGAAAUGAAAAGCCCAGAGAAGAAGGAAAGCAAAGCCCUAGUAAAAAGGGAAAUCAGAAUUCUAAAGAAGGAAACCAAAUCUCCAGAGAAGAGAAGCAAACCUCCAGAAAAGAAGGAAACCAAAUUUCCAGAGAGGAAGGAAAUCAAAAUCCCAGAGAAGGAAAUCAAAGCACCAAAAAAGAAGGAACCCAAAGCCCUAAAGAAGGGGGAAGCCAAAGCCUGAAAGAAGGGAGGAACCAAAAUCCCAGAGAACCCAGCUGAGCUGGAGAAGAACUCUUUAUUUUAUUCACACAACUUAUUUUAUACAGUUUGCCAAACCUAAUGUGCAACUUUAGGUAGUUCAUCGAUUUCUUAUUACUAGUUAUGCCAGUUA